GCUAACUAAACUGCGGAACUAAAAAGCAGCGAUGCGCUCCGUUGCUCGUCAAUCGUAGCCUGAAGUUGAGGUAACACGAAGGCCUUCCUUAUCGACCACUCUGCUUGAGUUUAGCUUAUCCUCUGCAACCAGGAUAUUUAACUACAACAGGCACAAGUUGCACGUUUACUUAACAUUAGCUAGUCGCGUCGUUUUGACAACUAAGGCUAACUAGCUAGUAGGCAUUUGGUGCUCGACGUCAGUUUCAAAACAAAGCCCGCAAAAACCCGAGAAGUUGAGACUCAGCUGUCAGCGUCGGGAUAGCUUGUUUCAAAACGAGCCAAGCUAGGCUGAAGUCUCGUCAGACGCCAUCCAGCUGGUUUUUAUCAUAGUUUUUACAGCGUUGUUUUGCUGAGUUUAAAAGAGCUGUCAGCAGGUUUUGGUUGUGACGCGUUUGAGCUGAUAAUUAUCCCACCAGCUAGCGUCAAGCUACGUGGUCCUGGCGAUUGCAAUCACAAUCAAGUUUUGAAGCUUGGAUUUAAAUGUCCGAAAAGAGUUCAUCGUCCGGUUCAGAUGAGGAUGUGGACCCGGAAUCCGGGCAGCCUGUGGAGCUGGGAGGCGUUUUAAGCAAGUGGACAAAUUACAUACACGGAUGGCAGGACCGAUGGGUCGUGUUGAAAAACAAUACUUUGAGCUACUACAAGUCGGAGGAUGAACGGGAAUAUGGCUGCAGGGGGUCCUUGUGCCUCAGCAAGGCUGUCAUCACACCUCAUGAAUUUGACGAGUGCCGUUUUGACAUCAGUGUCAACGACAGUGUCUGGUACCUCAGAGCCGAAGAUCCUGAGCACAGACUCCAGUGGAUUGAGUCGAUUGAACUGCACAAGGCCGAGUCCGGUUAUGGUUCAGAAACCAGUCUGAGGCGUCAUGGUUCCAUGUUGUCUCUCACCUCUGCAGCCAGUGCCUUGUCUGCUACAUCCACAUCCUCCUUCAAGAAGGGGCACAGGUUGUGUGAGAAGCUAGCAGAAAUGGAGACUUUCCGGGACAUUCUGUGCAGACAAGUGGACACGCUGCAGAAAUACUUUGACUCCUGUGCUGACGCUGUCUCCAAAGAUGAAUUCCAUAGAGACAGAGUAGUGGAGGAGGAUGAAGAUGACUUUCCUUCCACCACAAGAACUGACGGCGAAUAUAAUCACAACAACAAUGGCAGCAAAGAGAAAUUGUUUCCCCCUGCCAGUCCAAAAGGUAUCAAUGGUAUAGAUUUCAAGGGCGAGGCCAUCACCUUCAAGGCCACUACAGCUGGCAUUCUGUCCACCUUAUCCCACUGUAUCGAACUGAUGGUCAAACGAGAGGACAGCUGGCAGAAGAGACUAGACAAGGAGCUUGAAAAGAGGAGGAGGGUAGAAGAUGCCUACAAGUCUGCUAUGAACGAACUGAAGAAAAAGUCACACUACGGAGGCCCAGACUACGAGGAAGGGCCCAACAGCUUGAUCAAUGAGGAUGAGUUCUUCGAUGCGGUGGAAGCUGCACUGGACAGACAAGACAAGAUAGAGGAGCAGUGCCAGUCAGAGAAGGUCAGGAUACCUCGACUAACACCGGUUCCUCCCGGAGACGCCUACUCCACCAUCGGCACACACAGAUUUGCCACCAAGCCCCAUAGCCAUUCUUCUUCCCUGUCCUCCGUUGAGCUAGUCAGUGCUUCAGAUGACAUUCACAGAUUCAGCGCUCAGGUGGAGGAGAUGGUGCAGAAUCAUAUGACUUAUUCUCUUCAAGAUAUGGGUGGAGAUGCCAACUGGCAGCUGGUGAUAGAGGAAGGGGAGAUGAAGGUGUACAGGAGAGAAGUGGAAGAGAACGGUAUCGUGCUGGAUCCUCUCAAAGCUACACAUGCAGUGAAAGGGGUGACGGGACACGAGGUUUGCCACUACUUCUGGGACACAGCUGUCCGAUUGGACUGGGAGACCACCAUUGAAAAUUUCAACGUUGUGGAAACACUCUCCGACAAUGCUGUCAUUGUUUAUCAGACGCACAAGAGAGUGUGGCCUGCCUCUCAGAGAGACGUGCUCUAUCUGUCAGCCAUCAGGAAGAUCCUGGCAACAAACGAGAAUGAUCCCGACACAUGGCUGGUCUGCAACUUCUCCGUGGACCACGAUAAUGCCCUUCCUACAAACAGGUGUGUUCGUGCCAAAAUCAAUGUUGCCAUGAUCUGCCAAACUCUCGUUAGUCCACCAGAGGGCGACAAAGAGAUCAGCAGAGACAACAUCCUCUGUAAGAUUACCUACGUUGCCAAUGUAAACCCAGGAGGUUGGGCUCCAGCAUCAGUCCUCAGAGCCGUGGCCAAGAGAGAAUAUCCCAAGUUCCUCAAACGCUUCACCUCCUACGUACAGGAGAAAACUUCUGGGAAGCCGAUCCUCUUCUAAACACUGAGGUAACCGGGAACAAAACUCUUCUUGUUUUACAUCUGAGAAAUCUGGCAUAUUAUGGCUUGAGUCAUUCUAAGGAAACAUAUUAUAGUUUUAUGAUUUUUUGUGACACUGAC